CCAAACAUGCAUUAUAGCACACAUCAUCAACAACUUAGUAAAACAACUUUCGCAUAGCAUUUAGACGCGGUUCCUUUACCUGCUUGUGAAUUGAAUUCCGGACAGAGAACCUUUUUUGUGGGUUAUAUAAACUAACUGUGGUCCACCGUGACGUGAGUAAACUACUGUUCAGAACAAACUGGAUGAAGAGCGUUAACAGACGCGUAAUCAGGUGUGAACAAUAAUCAGACGUAAUUGGAUUUCAAAGAAUACAGCUUUCUUACCGAAUUUUACUGGUUGAUGCAUAUCGUUGGUUCGAAAAAGCAUCGUAUAGAUUUCAUGGAUGCAUCGCGUAGCAAAUUCCUAGACAAGACUAAAGGACAGUGCAGUCAGAAGUAAUGGAUUCAACAAGAAAUUACUGAGUAUUUCCUGACGGUGACAACUAAGAACUCUUUAAUUAUGGACAAUUAAUCACUGUUGCACGUCUGAAUCAGAUGGUAUGUUCACCAAAACGUUCCGUUGCAUGAGUAACUCGGAGAGAAGAAAGGGGUUUUUUUCCGUCGUUGAUUAUUUAUGUUGUUCACCUAUAAGUGUUUUGCUGAGUAUCUGAUCAUAAAUGUACACUCCUAGCAUACAUAGACUUUUUUUUUUUUAAAUCAAGAACUCUUAAAUCACAGUGAAAAUCUGCCUAAGGAUUCCAGUGGUCUGCUGGAACUACCCUUCACGUGAGUGGAAAUUACAAACACAUUUCUAGGUGGAACUUUUUUUCAAAAAGGGGGGGGAAAAAAAAAGUCCACAUCUGUCUUUUGAAUCAUGGCUGUUGAGUGGCUAAUGAAGUUGGGGGUUCUACUGUGUCUUUUGAAGAUGGUAUUGUCUAUCUCUGGGAUUUAUAACUCCUCAAACAAAUAUGGCUCAUUCAUUGAGCGCACAGAGCAAGGCAGACUCCACACAGGCAGCAUCCCCACAAAGCACAGAAUACACCUGGCAUCACGCACUCACCCCAACCUGUACUUCGAUGUGACGGAAGUGCCGGUUCUGAGGAAGAAAGCCCUCACGACACACAGUCACAUUUUCAAAAUCAUUCAAAAUGCCGUUGCCACCAUGCUGGAUAGCCCGGCUGCCUACCUGCCGCCACCAAACCAUGAGGACUUCGGUAAGAAAUGGAAUGAGAUCUAUGGCAACAAUCUGCCCCCUCUUGCUCUCUACUGCCUCCUUGUGCCCAAGGACUCUGCUGCUUCUCAGUUCUUAAUAAAGUACAUGGAUCGAAUGUCUGAAUAUCCUGACUGGCUCGUGACUACUGCCCCAAAUGACGAGGUCCCGAUGGCCCACUCCCUCACUGGUUUCGCCACAGCUUAUGACUUCAUUUAUAAUCUUCUAGACCUUCAGCGACGGGUUCAGUAUCUUGAGAAGAUACGGGCAGUCACAGAGGAGCUCUAUGAGCUGUCCAAGCACAGAAGCUGGGGCAAGCAGUUCCUACAGAACCACCAGACUACAAACAUAGUAGCCAUCCUUAUCGGAGCUAUUGUGAUGGGGGAGCAUAAUGAUUCUGAAGCCAUGGCAUGGAAGCAAGUAGCAGUGAACUAUAUGGAGAAGACCAUGUUCCUCCUAAACCACAUGGUAGAUGGGUCGCUAGAUGAAGGUGUGGCAUAUGGCAGCUACACAGCCAAAUCCAUCACUCAGUACGUGUUCUUGGCGUCACGUCAUUUUGAUAUCGACAACAAGAAAAACACUUGGCUGCAAGCCCACUUUAUGUUUUACUAUGCCACUGUGCUCCCUGGCUUUCAAAGGACGGUGGGGAUCGCUGACUCCAACUACAACUGGUUCUAUGGGCCAGAAAGUCAGCUGGUUUUCCUCGACGCGUUCGUGCUCCGAAAUGGCUCAGGAAACUGGCUGGCGCGUCAGAUCAGGAAGCACCGACCCAAGGAUGGACCCAUGGCGGCAUCAAUAGCACAGCGCUGGGCUACUCUCCACACAGAGUUUGUCUGGUAUGAUGCUGAGCUUUCUGCUCAGCCUCUGACUGACUUCGGGAAGCCGACUAUGCAUUUGUUUUCAAAUUGGGGUGUGGUGACAUAUGGAGCAGGGACACCUUAUGCCCAGGGCAAUACUUUCCUGUCUUUUAAAUCUGGGAAACUAGGCGGUCGAGCAGUGUAUGACAUUGUUCAUGCUAAACCCUAUUCCUGGCUGGAAGGCUGGGCCAACUUCAAUCCUGGACAUGAACACCCUGAUCAGAACUCUUUUACUUUUGCUCCCAAUGGACAGGUUUUUGUUUCAGAGGCUUUGUAUGGGCCAAAAUACAGCCACCUGAACAAUGUGUUGGUCUUUGGCCCCUCCCCCACCAGUCAAUGCAAUGCGCCAUGGGAGGGGCAGCUAGGGGAAUGUUCCAAAUGGCUGCGAUGGGAAGAAAAUGAAGUAGGUGACAGUGCUGGUGAGGUCAUUGCAGCAUCCUCCCACCAGGACACAUUAUUUGUUAGUGGAGAAGCUGUGACUGCCUAUUCAUCUGCUAUGAAGCUUAAAAGUGUGUACCGGGCCCUGGUCCUGCUCAACUCCCAGACAUUAAUGGUGUUGGAUCAUGUGGAAAAGCAGAACAGGUCUCCUCUGACUUCAUUUAGUGCUUUUUUCCACAACCUUGACUUUGAUCUGAGAUAUAUGCCACACAGGUCUUUGGACAGGUACAAUGGAGCGCUGAUGGAUGUAUGGGAUGCUCAUUAUAAAAUGUUUUGGCUGGACAGUCAAGGAGGGAGCCCAAAUGCCAGGAUACAAGAAGUGGAACAGGUUGCGGAGUUCAGAAAGAGAUGGACACAAUUCAUUAAUGUGACCUUUCCCAUGGACAACUCUGUCAGCAGAGUGGUGUACCUAAUGCAUAGUCCUUUUGUCAAAGUUUCAGACUGCAGGUUCAUAGACAACAGCAUAAAUGGUGUCAGACUGUCUGUCACUCUCAAUGACACAGAGACUACUGUUUCCAUCGUCACAAACUACAAGGACAUCGGUGCCAGACACAGCUACUUGGGCUUUGCAGGUUUUGCAAAAGCAGAAAGCAAACAUCAGAUAAUUCGUUUUGGUCAGGGAAUUCUAACUUUACCCACCCAAAGCCCAAAGAAUUCCUCAUUUGAUUUUGGUUUAUUGAUUAACAGCAUAACAAUGUGGACUGUGUGUUUUGCCGUCCUGUUUUCAACCAUAAAACGAAAGUUGAAUUUGCUCUUCAGUAAGCUUGUUCAUUUUGCUCUUAUUAUAGUGCUGGUUUUCUGGGUGUUGAAAUUAUUGGUAAUGUCUCGUGACUGUGAGAAGGCUUUUUGUGCCUUAACAUGGCAGGACUCGCAUGCUUCUGAGGAGGAAACCACCCUUCCUGGCAGCACUCCAGAAACCCUCCCAUUCAUCAUCAUCACAUCACUCCCAGGCUCUGGGGCCGAGGUCCUUCAGCACCUUUUCGGCAACAGCUCUGACUUUGUGUACCUCAUGAUCCCAUCUGCGUACCUCCAUGUGCCGGAAGCCGAGUUUGCGCCUGACUCUCUGCUAGACGCUUGCGAGUGGUUGAGGGCGGACGCACAUGCUGGAAAGUUCCUGGCUGUCCAGGGCUGGUUCCACUCCCUGGUGCACAGUGUCAGACUGCACCUGCAGAACAUCCAGCUCUAUAACAAUGACAUCCAGGGCCUGAGUGUAGGCCUCGCUCAAGAAACAAAGAAGAGGAGAAGGAAACCGAGGGCAAGCAUGGUGAAUGGGGCCACAGCUAGGGAUGUGGGGUACAUUAAGCAGCUGCGAAGGCAUUUGGUGGCAUACCCAAACGCCUGUCCUGUCUUGAAUCUCCGCAGUGGGAGCUGGUCACUGAAACUGCCCUUCAUCCAUGAGGUGGUUGGCCACUCGUUCCACUCACUCCAACUGGUGCGAGACCCACGGGCCUGGGUCUAUAUGAUGCUUUACAAUGGCAAACCAAGCCUUUAUGCACGCAAGAACAUCAGACAGCACCUGCUGGAUGUCAUCAGUGAUGGAAGGCAUGGGUGCAAGUUCGAUGCGGCCUUCCAGUCUUUGCGGAGCCUCCUUGCGCAGCCCAACGCCAGUCCUGUGCUGCUGCUUGCUCACACGUGGCUGGCCCACAUGUCUGCCAGCCUCCGGGCGAGUGGCGAACUGCCCCCACAGGCCUGCCUCAUGGUGAAAUUCGAGGACAUUGUGCGUUUCCCAGAGGAGACCGCGAGAAGGAUACACAAGUUUCUUGGGAUACCUGUUGCACCAGCUUCCCUAAACCAGCUCAUAUUUGCUACAUCCACAAAUCUGUAUCACCUGGUAUAUGAAGGGGAUGUAUCUCCUGCCAAAAUCAACAUGUGGAGAGAAAACAUGGCCCAUGAUGAGAUCAAAAUAAUAGAAGGAGUUUGUGGGACUGUCAUGGAGACACUUGGAUACAAAAGACACAGCCAUGCCCCUUUUGAAUGAAAUUAAUUAAAUUAAAUGCAAACACUGAAAGCUUGUCCGAUUUGUAUAAAUUCACAGAACACGUUGCCUGACCCUCUGUGUUUUCUGUUUUGUUGUAUUCCAGACCGGGAUACUGAACUUACAAAAAGGACAUGUUGAGGAACUAGAAAUAAAUAACAAAUAAGCUGAAAAGUACUUUGUGAAAAUUUAUGAACAUCUAACACCUCCUCUUCCAAUAUAUUUAGCUACUUCCUAUUAGCAAGCUUUUUGUGGUGAUUUGUUUAAACCAU